UGUUGGCGUCACACAUCUCGGUCCCAGGCAAUCGCUUCACCGGCGCACAGCGAUCGAAACUAACAGAGAACAGUAUACAAGGCUCGAAGUUCGCGGUCCUGUGAUCAUUGAUUGAUUUGCCUGGGCACAACAGAUCGAACACUUCUUAAUCAUCAACAGUACACACACAUUUAUUGUAGAAUUGGGAUAGAUUUCUACGCUUGGAAAAGCCAGCGUGAAUAUAUUUUUGUCAGAAAUAUUCUAUUCUACAUAUUUUGGCAAGUGCUCGAGAACAGUUAAUAUAUAUGAUGAUUCAAGUUCUUAUACUAUGUGCAUGGUGUGUUUGCACUGCUCUCGGCGUCUUCAUUCAACCAGACAUCGAUAUACCCAAUUUAACCCUGGAGAAAGUCUGCCCAGGUACCCAUAUGGGAUUCAGCUAUUCCGGUUCUCUCCGACGUCACUUCCGGUAUAUGCAGAGACGUUACACCGGGUGCACAUACGUGCAGGGGAACCUCGAGAUCACACACCUGCGUCACAAGAACAUUAACUACGACCUGAGUUUUCUCAGCACAAUCCGUUAUGUCAGCGGCUAUGUGCUCAUUGGCCUGGUAACACGUGUCCGAGAGAUACCCUUGACCAGUUUAGAAGUCAUCAGAGGUAACCAGACACUUGAACUCUUCGGAAGACAGUUUGGACUUGCCGUGACCUUGACCUCCAGAUCGUACGGAUCUAGGAAAGGGUUACAAGAACUCCAACUGCCGAAAUUGAGAGAGAUCUCUAGGGGCGAUGUACUGUUUGCCAACAACCCUGGACUGUGUUACGUCAAGACCAUCCUCUGGGAGGCCAUCAUCAGCGGUGGAAGGAAGGCCAUGCUCAAGGGAGACCAACCACUGGCUAAACGAUGUUUGCCGUGCUCCAGUCACUGUGAUCAGGAGGGUACCAGGCGAUGCUGGGGGAGGGGGAAGCAACUCUGUCAGAAAGUCGAGCCCUUGACCUGUGACCCCUCGUGUCCGUACCGGUGUUUCGGACCUGGAAAGCAGGGGUGUUGUCACAGCCAAUGUGCCGCCGGAUGUUGGGACGAGACCGAGGCUGACUGUGAGAUGUGUAAAAACUACAACUACCUGGGCCGCUGUGUUGGUUAUUGUCCAUACGACCCCAACACAUAUGCUUUCGGCUCAAUGUGCCUUAAGUUUUAUUGAUGUGUCACCACGGAUAAUCCCCUCUGUACCAUUCAAGGAUCGAUGUCCACGGAAAUGAUCGAUGACGCAAGCCUCAACCCGGAUACAUCACGGACUUUGAUCACAGAGGCAUGACAUUAAACGACAUUUGCUAACGUUGCCAUGCUCGUUUUUCCAUAUCAGAUCAAUAUUGACACAUAACAUUGACAUAAACGCACUCUAGGGGAAGAGCAUCAGCAGACUUUAGACACUAAGAGGAAACAAUAUUUCAAGUCCAAUGUAACUUUACCAAAGUGCCGGUGUAUGUUUAUAGACCAAGUAGGACGGAAGGGUCAUAUAUGGGUACAAGACACAGUUAGUGAAAGUGAUGUAUGUCUGUGUACACGGAAAUGGUACUUUCUAGGUAUUGAUAUGUCUAGAUAGUGGAAAUGGUUCAUCAUUAUGCGAGCUCUAGCUCUGAUGACCAAGCCGCGUUAUCUGGACAGGGAGGACAUCAAAGCCCUACUUCCCGAAAGGUCAUACUGUGAAACGCUCUCAUGCACUCUGGAGCUGCUCAUGGCAAUGUUAAAUAAAAUGUUAUGCUUUAAAUAACAUCAAUACCAUUUUAAGAAGUAAUCUAUAAGGCUCGCAAAUAAUCACUAGGAUAUAAUAUUUUAUUUCAAAACUGCUACACACUUUCAAGUUGUUGAUUGAAACAUCCUGGAAUCUUGGGAACCAACCAUUUUUAGACGGAUUAUUACUUUUCGCUACCUCGUCAAGAUGUACUAUCUGUUUUCUCUAUAGGAGGAUCCAGAUCUUGGGAAAUCACUUCAGAUUUGUUUUCAGCACAUGGAGUGAACAAUUACUUAUAAUUUGGUGGGAAAAUCCGAAGGUAAUCAUUUUAUAGUUAUUUCUUUUAACGAUUUCUCUUUCAAACAAUCCAAACCAUAAUAACAACGAUCAGUAUUGAUAUGCAUUCCCACGGUAUAAAGGUCCUCUUCCUAUUGAAUGUCCUCUAUAUAAUUGUCUUACGGGCAACAUUUUCCAUACUAAAAUGAAUACAAUCAGAUAUUCCAGUCGGCUUUCAAUAUCGUUGGUUGUGAACGAGCGUACAGAUUCUAUUAAAGAAGAUUUCCUCGGUUUUACGAGAAUGUUAAACAAUACCUAUCUUGUUCUCGUCAUUGGUAGCGGUAUAUCAAAGGUUCGUGGAGAUUAUUUACUGAUGGAGUUCCUCCCCUGUCGCUUUGGGGCCGGGUUGCCCAGUCGUUGCAGUGUUCGCCCGUCGCGUCAAGCCCCUGAUUCCAUUCUCAACAUCGGUGAAAUAUCUGGUGUACCCCUGCCGAAUUAUUCCUAUAAUACUGUCGACAGUGGCGUAAAACCUACUCACUCAUACUGAUGGGUGGAGAAUCAUGGUAGCUUUAUGUCUACUGAAACAUAUUUGUUGGCAUAAAAUAAUCCAGUGAAACGCAACGCCUUUCUUAGUGUAAAAAAUGUGUUUUGAAACUCGAUAAGAAUUAAGGACAGAAAAUGAUAAACCUGUUCUGAAGAUGCAAUUGGUAAUUAGUAUUAGUUCACCUGUACUUUUGGAUCAUUGCUCGAGGUUCGAAGUUAGGUUAUCGCUAAAUUAAUGUAGUGUGUUUGAUAGUCACUUUCAAUAUUUUCCGUGUGGAAGGGUACUUUUACCACUCUGAUGAAAACGAACGCUGUCGGUGAUGUUAGAUCAGUCAUAAGACUCGGUUCAUACUCAAGCCGACAAACAACGAAUCCCGCAAUUGAUUCAAGGGAAGCAGCUCUGCACAGUACUAGUGGAGGUAGAGAUAACUGAGAACUGACGCGUUGAUAACACGGAAUGCUGUACGGAGAUCGAUAUGGCUAUACUCACAUUCCUACACUUUCACCAGUGAACAUUCUGUUUCAUUUUCAAAACGACCGAUGUACAUGAACAGAAGUUUUGCUACUUUCGGCCCACUUAAAAGCAUUGAAUGUCAGUAUUUAUCAAAUGACAAUUGAAACUAUCCCUACAUUAAAGAUGAUGUGGAACGAUACCUGUCUCGCUUCAGUACACUGGUCAGUCUCCUUUCAAUAUCAUGACUAAACUACGUACUUGAGCUAUCAUGGUGCAGAUUGGUUCAGCGUGACUGGUACCGCCACAUGGAUGCUGUUCGUUGUAAAAGACAAAAAUGGAUUUGAAUAAACAGUUGUGUGCAUUCUCA